AUGGCAGAGCAUGAUAUCGUGGUUUUUGCCGGCGACCAUUGCGGCCCCGAGGUCGUUGCCGAGGGCAUCAAGAUUCUCAAAACGAUCGAGCAGCACAGACCGAGCGUUGGCAAAUUUAUGCUCAAGGAGCAUCUGUUGGGAGGUUGUUCCAUCGAUGCCGCGGGCACCCCUUUGACCGACGAGGCCCUACGCGCAGCCAAGUCGGCAGACGCGGUCCUACUCGGCGCAAUUGGCGGCCCAAAAUGGGGCACCGGCUCCGUUCGGCCGGAGCAAGGCUUGUUGAAGCUGCGCAAGGAAAUGGGAACUUACGGAAACCUCCGACCUUGUUUCUUCGCCUCCGAAGCCCUCGUCGACUCGUCACCUCUCAAGGCUGAGAUAUGUCGAGGAACCGACUUUGUCAUUGUCCGCGAGUUGACCGGUGGAAUCUACUUUGGCGACCGCAAAGAAGACGAUGGCUCAGGCACCGCGUGGGACUCGGAGCCCUACUCACGUCCGGAAAUCGAGCGCGUGGCGCGUCUGGCAGGGUUCCUCGCCCGCGGUCGCGGAGACAAGACGGUCUGGUCUCUCGACAAGGCCAACGUGCUGGCCACCAGCCGCCUGUGGCGAAGGGUCAUGACCGAAACCUUUGAGGCGGAGUUCCCCGACCUCAAGGUUGAGCACCAACUGAUUGACAGCGCGGCCAUGAUCCUCGUCAAGAAUCCUCGAGGCUUGAACGGCGUGGUUGUCACUAGCAAUCUCUUCGGCGAUAUUAUUAGCGACGAGGCUAGUGUUAUUCCCGGCAGCAUUGGACUUUUGCCCAGCGCAAGCUUGAGUGGUGUCCCGGACGGCAAUGCUAAGUGCAAUGGCAUCUACGAACCCAUCCACGGUUCCGCUCCUGAUAUUUCUGGAAAAGGCAUCGUCAACCCCCUCGGCACCAUCCUGUCGGUGGCCAUGAUGCUGCGGUAUUCGCUACGCUUACCCGAGGAAGCUAAGGCAGUCGAGGCCGCUGUCAAAGCUGCCAUCGACGCCGGACUCAGGACGAAAGACAUGGGUGGCAACGCCGGCACCAAGGAAGUGGGAGAUGAGGUGGCCAAGCACCUAGCGGCCGUCUUGACCAAGUCUUGA